GCCCAUGCAGAAGAGCCGCUUGGGCGAGCACGAAUUCGAAGCCCUGAUGAGGAUGCUGGACAACCUGGGUUACCGCACGGGCUACACCUACCGCUACCCCUUCGUGCAGGAGAAAAGCAAGCCCAAAAGCGACGUGCUGAUCCCCGCCACGGUGACGGCCCUCGUCCGCUGCGGCAGCACGCCCAGAAGCAGCAGAAGGAGAAGACGCGGUGGCUCAACACCCCCAACACCUACAUGAGGGUCAA